AUGGAACCUAUGUUAGAGCAACAGCGGCGCUACCAUGAGGAAAAAGAGCGACUUAUGGACGUCAUGUCAAAGGAGAUGAUGGCGAAGAAAGCCACGUUACGGGAACAGAUCAACUCCGAUCACAGAGCACGAGCUAUGCUGGAUAGGUUCAUGGAAGUGAGCUCAAACUUAAGAGAUUUAUAUGAAGAUAAAGAUGGAUUAAGAAAGGAAGAACUAAAUGCAAUAUCUGGCCCCAACGAGUUUGGUGAAUUCUACAAUCGACUCAAAUUGAUUAAAGAGUUUCAUCGGAAGCAUCCAAAUGAGAUCUGUGUCCCCAUGUCUGUGGAAUUUGAUGAGCUGCUGAAGUCCAGAGAGAACCCAAGUGAAGAAGCUCAAAAUUUGGUGGAGUUCACAGAUGAAGAGAGCUAUGGUCGAUAUUUGGACCUUCAUGACUGUUACUCGAAGUACACAAACCUCAAGUCAUCAGAGAAACUGGAUUAUAUCUCAUACCUAACAACGUUUGACCAACUUUUCGACAUUCCCAAAGAACGUAAAAAUGCUGAAUACAAACGGUAUUUGGAAGUGCUCUUGGAAUACUUGCAGGAUUAUACAGAUAGGGUAAAACCUCUCCAGGAUCAGAAUGAGCUCUUUGGAAAAAUACAGAAUGAAUUUGAGAAGAAAUGGGAGACCGGGACCUUUCCAGGCUGGCCAAAAGAGACGAGCAGUGCUCUGACACAUGCUGGAGCUCAUUUGGAUCUCUCGGCUUUCUCAUCGUGGGAAGAAUUGGCUUCACUUGGAUUGGACAGAUUGAAAUCUGCUCUGCUUGCUCUGGGUCUAAAAUGUGGAGGGUCUCUUGAAGAAAGAGCUCAGAGGCUGUUCGCCACUAAAGGAAAACCUCUGGAUUCAUUGGAUCCCUCUUUGUUCACAAAGAACCCCAAGGCAAAGGGCAUCAGAAGAGACACAGAAAAGAACAAGGACAUCGCCUUUCUUGAAGCUCAGAUUUAUGAAUACGUUGAAAUCCUAUCUGAGCAGAGACACCUGACUCAUGAAAAUGUGCAGCGAAAGCAGGCCCGGACAGGUGAUGAGAGGGAAGAAGAGGAGGAGCAGCUAAGCGAGAGUGAGAGUGAAGAUGAGGAAAAUGAAAUCAUUUAUAACCCCAAAAACCUUCCCCUGGGUUGGGAUGGAAAGCCUAUACCUUACUGGCUUUACAAAUUGCAUGGACUUAAUAUCAACUACAACUGUGAGAUUUGUGGAAAUUACACCUACAGGGGGCCCAAAGCUUUCCAACGCCAUUUUGCAGAAUGGAGGCAUGCCCAUGGUAUGCGGUGUCUGGGCAUUCCAAAUACAGCUCACUUUGCUAAUGUCACACAGAUAGAAGAUGCAGUUUCCUUGUGGUCAAAACUCAAGCAGCAGAAGGCUUUAGAGAGGUGGCAGCCUGAUACAGAGGAAGAAUAUGAAGAUUCCAGCGGGAAUGUUGUUAAUAAGAAGACGUAUGAAGAUCUGAAACGUCAAGGACUUCUGUAAUGCAAAUCAUUUCUCCAGCUGUUCUAUUCUGGUUUAUCAGAUUCCACAAUAGAUUGUUCCAGCAUUUUAUGUUUGCUAGAGCCCACUGAUUAGGGCAGAACUUACUUGUAAGAUUUUCUUUUUUAAUUAAAGUAUGAACAACUUUU